AUGAUAACACUGGAGGUGAUGAAGAUAUCAGAACUAAUACGACGUUUACAUAACAAUACCAUUGCAAUCUCCAGAUUCCUAAUCAUUGAGAAUCCAGACACGUCAGUACUGUUUAGACAAAAAUUCUUGAAUAUCCAUGCACUUCAUAUAACAGUAUUACACAUGAAUCUGGGGGAUGCAUUAGCGUUAGAAACGCACACACAGGUGUUCUGCAAAGAAAACUACCCCUGGGGGCUUCCACUCUUGAUCUAA